AUGUCAGACUCGGAGGACGGAGAGAGCCGCGUGGCUGUACUGCAGACGGCAGGAUUUGAUGCAAGGUUCCCGAACACUGUGCGCUUCUUGCAAUCGAAGCACUGCUGGCAAAACUACGUCGAUCACAAGAAGUGUGUGAACACAAAGGGCGACGACUACAAGCCCUGCAAACAGUUCUUCCGCGCGUUCCACUCUUUGUGUCCGAACGAAUGGAUUGCACGCUGGGAUGAGCAGAUUGAGAACGGCAAGUUCCCGGGCAAUCUGGAGAGGUAG